CAUUCCCAAUCCUAGUUAUACCAUAAAAAUGAAUGCAAAAUAGUAAAAAGUUUGAAUUCAUUGCGAAAGGGAAAACCAUUGAUCGAUAAUACCUAUCGAGGUUCAAAUCGUGACACGAGCUUUUGCCGACUCUUCACCGCUAAUAAGUAAAUUCAUUCUUGAAGCAAAUGUACGUACAUACAUAGGUGGCCAAAAUGCGAUUAGUAGUGCUGCUAUCCCUUGGAAUCCUGAUGAUUCUGCCAGCAGAGUCCUUUGAACCGCUCACCAUGACCGCCAUAGGCUUUGGCAUCGCCGGCUCUGCGGCGUACUUUAGAUGCAAGUUUACCGAGUGCUGCGAUGACCGCAGCAUACCGGGCAACAUAGGGGCACUUAGAGAUUCACUGGAUAGAACACUCUUUGGGCAACACAUUGUGAAACAGCAUGUUGUGGCCGCACUGGAGGCUCACUUCCGCUCAAGGAGUACUUCGCGGAAGCCACUGGUGAUCAGCUUCCACGGGCAGCCGGGAACAGGCAAGAAUUUUGUGGCGGAUCAGAUCGCGCAGGCACUGUACCUCGAGGGCUCCAAAUCCGGCUAUGUAACCAAGUACCUGGGCCAGGCCGACUUUCCAAACGCAGAUUUUGUGCAAUAUUAUAAGCAGCGGAUCAGCUUAGAGGUCCGAAAUCAGUUGGGCAAAUGUCCGCGCUCGCUGUUUAUCUUCGACGAGGUGGACAAGAUGCCCAGCGGCGUCUUCGAUACGCUCGCCUCGCUUGCCGACUAUAACGUUUUCACCGACGGGACGGACAACACAAAGGCCAUCUUCAUCUUUCUCUCAAACACGGCCGGCAAGCACAUAGCCGAUCAUCUGGGCAACCUGAUGAAGAGCGGCGUGUUGCGGGAGGAGACCCGGCUGGGCGACUUCGAGAAACUCCUGAAGAAUGCCGCCUACAACUUGGAAGGUGGAUUAAAGCAGACCGCCUUAAUAGAAUCGCACGUGAUCGAUCACUUCAUUCCCUUCCUGCCAAUGGAGCAGGCGCAUGUGGUCAAGUGCCUGGAGGAGGAGUUCUGGCGUUGGAACAUGCAGCCGAAGAAGAGCGCCAUCGCCGAAAUCCUCAAAAACUCAAUAAGCUAUGACCGCAAACACAACAUGUUCGCCAUCUCCGGUUGCAAGACGCUUGAAAAGAAGGUAGCCAUGGUCAUAAGUGAUCCUUAUAAUCCCGCUUUAACAUAAGUUUCUUUCCUCUUUUUAUAUAUUUUGCAACAUUUUUUUAUGGAAAUAGAGUUAACAGAUAUUUGUAUUGGU